CUGCACCUGACAAUGUCCGCAGUGAGCCCGGAUGCGAACGACGUGGGCUGGCGAGCAUCCAUCGACGAAGACGACUGGGACCCGUACGUCGACGGCGCCCUAUGCUUCCUCGUGUUCGUCCAGCACUUGCUCACGGGCACGUACUUCGUGGCCCUCGCAGCGCUGCACUACACGGCCACGCCCGCAGCCGUCGUCAUUCUCGGCGGCGCGUACAUGAAGUUGUCUGCGUACGUCUUUGGCGCCAUCGCGCUCCUGCAUUGGAGUCCGAUUUUAUCGCCGUGCAUCACGUCUUCACGGCGACACUGGAUAUACACGCUGGUGCGCAAGGUGCCGUCACUUCCCGUCUCGGCCAACGCCCGCAUCGCAC